AUGUCUGGUGAAACUGAAACCGUAGAAAUUGUCGCUCAAGAAACUCCAAUCGUUGAAAAGCCAGCCCUUGACCCUGAAACCACUGUUUUCAUUGGUAACGUCGCUUUAGAUGCUACCCUUGAAGAUUUGGAAAAAUUAUUCAAGGACGAUUAUAAAUCUGUUGAAGUUGACAUUCCUGAAAAAGAACACAGAGGUAGUCAUGUUCCUCUAAGUAAGCAUGCCUUUGUUAAAUUCCCUGUAACCAUUGAUUUUGAUGAUAUUAAAUCUAAGUUUGAUUUAGCCGUCAUCAACGACAGAGCUAUCCACAUCAAAAGAGUGAGGUCUCCAGAUGAACUUCGUGGUGCCGGUAGAGGUAGAGGUAGAGGUGCUUUCCGUGGAAGAGGUAACGGUAGAGGUAGAGGUGCUUUCCGUGGAAGAGGUAGAGGUGGCUUCAGUAGAGGUCCAAAGAUUCCAUUGUCUGAAAUGGAAAGAUCUACCGAUACUAUCUAUAUUAAUAACGUUCCAUUUGAAACCACUAAGGUCGAAUUGGCUGAAUUCUUUGGUACCAAUGAAGAUGCUGUUGUUUUACCAAUGAGAAGACUAAGAGACGAAGUCACUAGAAGAUCUGUUCCAUCUGAUAAAUAUAACAGAGGUAUGGCUUUCAUUAAGUUUGACAACCUAAACGGUAGUAUCGCCGACAAGGCCGGUGAAUUUGAUGGUAAAUCUCUAGGUGACAGAACUCUAGUUGUUGAUGUCGCUGUUGUAAAGCCAGCUCUACCAGAAGAAACUCAUAAUGACGAAGAAGCUCCAGCUGAUUCUGAAGAUAAAGAAGCUGCCUAA